AUGGCAAACAUGCUCUCUUUGAGUCUUAUCUUCUUGUUUCUGAAGCUUUCCUUUCUUUAUUGUCAUUUGAGUGACCCCAGGUGCUUUUGGAGAAUAAAAGACACAGAAAAUGAUUUAGGAGAUAAAGAGACUGAUUGCUUCUUUUCAAUUUAUACAAAGCAUGAUUAUGUGAAGAAUGAUUACUUCACUAGGAAUCUAGACAAGCAGGUAACACGUAAGACUAUCCACUUGAUUUCCUCUGCUUAUUUUGCCAUUGAAGAAAUCAAUAGGAAUGUUCAUAUUUUACCCAACAUUUCCCUAUUAGUUAAGGUAGAAUGUAACAUACUUAAGGAUAAUGUGGAAAAAAAUUGGUCCUUGAAAAGGAAGGAAAUUAUUCCUAAUUACUACUGUAAAGAUGAGAAAAGAUAUUUAAUCGUACUUACGGGACCUAUAUGGAUGGCAUCUUAUGUACUUGGACCAUUCCAGUAUAUCUCCAGAACUCCAGAGAUUUACUAUGGUUACUUUCAUCUCCUUCUAAGUGACCAGGAACAGUUUCCUCAUCUCUACCAGAUGUCUACUAAAGACACACCUCUACCACUAGGCAUGGUGACCCUAGCAGUACACUUCAGGUGGAACUGGGUAGGAGUGAUCAUUACAGAUGAUGACCAUGGAAUUCAAUUUCUUUCUGAAUUGAAAGCACUAAUGGAAAGAAACACCAUCUGCUUAGCAUUUGUCACUAUUAUCCCAAAUGAUGAAUUGUUAUACCUUAAAAUGUUUCAUAAAUAUUAUCAUCAAAUCACAAUGUCAUCAGCAAAAGUUGUAAUUGUCUAUGGGGAUAAAGAAUCUCCUCUACACUUUAACUUCAUACUUUGGAAAUUUAGAAAUAUUCAGAGACUAUGGGUCAGUGUGUCACAAUUUGAUAUGAUCACAAGGAUAGGAGAUUUCAUGCUUAACUCCAUGCAUGGGACUAUUAUUUUUUCACAUCAGCAGCCUGAGAUGCCUGGUUUUAAACAAUUUCUGAAGAUACUGCACCCUUCUAACUACAGUAGUGACAUUUCUUUUGCUAAACUUUGGUGGACUUAUUUUAUGUGUUCUUUACCACUACCUAAUUGUACAACACUGAAGAAUUGUGCAACCAAAACCCUAUUUAAAUGGAUUUUUGUGCCACCUCUUGGAAUGUCUAUGAGUGAGACAUGUUACAAUUUAUACAAUUCUGUGUAUGCUGUAGCCCACUCACUUCAUGAGAUGCUUCUGCAACAAGUAGACACAGUCUCAGAGCAUGAGGGAAAGAUAUUGGAAUUUAACCCCUGGAAGAUGUUCUCUUUUCUAAAGACCAUACAAUUUGUAAAUCCUGCUGGAGACCUAGUGAACAUGAACCAGAAUAAAACACUGGAUAAAGAGUAUGACAUUUUCUAUAUCAUGGAUUUUUUAAAACAGGAAGGACUUAAAAUGAAAAUAGGAAAUUUUUCUGGUCAUUUUCCAAAUGGGCAACAAUUGUUUAUAUUUGAUGAAAUGGUAGAGUGGGUGACAGAUAUCAAGCAGAUUCUAGCCUCCAUGUGUAGUGUUCCUUGCAAACCAGGACUCAGAAAAUAUUUACAGGAGGAAAAGGCUGUCUGCUGUUUUGAUUGUUACCCCUGCCCAGAAAAUGAAAUUUCUAACAUGACAGAUAUGGACCAAUGUUUGAAAUGUCCAGAGGAUGAGUAUGCCAACAUAAAUCAAACUAACUGCCUCAAAAAAGUUGUGAUGUUUCUGGAUUAUGAAGAGCCCUUGGGAAUGACUCUGGCUAGCUUGGCUGUGUUCUUCUCUACUCUUACAGUUAUUUGUCUCUGUGUAUUCUUGAAACACCGCAACACUCCAAUAGUUAAGGCCAAUAAUGAAACUCUCACCUAUGUCCUACUCAUUUCUCUCAUAUGUUGUUUUAUCUGUUCCUUGCUCUACAUUGGUUAUCCCAGUAUGUUCCGCUGCAUCCUACAGCAGACCACAUUUGCCAUUGUAUUCACUGUGGCUGCCUCUAGUGUCUUAGCCAAAACAAUUACUGUAGUACUAGCUUUUAGGAUCACUGUUCCAGGAAGAAGACUGAGGUGGAUGCUGCUUUCAGGGGCACCUAAUUACAUCAUUCCCAUAUGCACCAUGAUCCAAAUGAUUUUCUGUGGAUUUUGGCUGGGAACUUCUCCUCCAUUUGUUGAUGCUGAUCUACACAUAGUACAUGGACACAUCAUCAUUGUUUGCAACAAAGGUUCAAUGAUUACCUUUUAUUGUGUCCUGGGAUACAAUGGCUUACUUGCUCUAGCAAGUUUCACUGUAGCUUUCCUGGCCAGGAAUCUGCCUGACACAUUCAAUGAAGCCAAGUUUCUGACAUUCAGCAUGCUGGUGUUCUGCAGUGUCUGGAUCACCUUCCUCCCUGUCUACCACAGCAGUAAGGGCAAGGCUAUGGUUGCUGUCGAGGUCUUCUGUAUCUUAACCUCCAGUACAGGGAUGCUUCUUUUCAUAAUUUUGCCAAAGUGCUACAUUAUUUUGUUGAGACCACAAAUAAAUUCUUUUCAACAGUUUAGGAAAAUAUAUGUGAAAUCUAUAACAAUUAAAUAA